AUGCACCUAAAAGUUGUAUACCAACCGCCAUUAAAAAUCAACACGAAGAAGCUCUCGGCAGCGGUGACCAUCAUGAUGGCUUACAGAAGUACUACAGCUUUUCAAGGUGUUUUAAGUGCGUUUAAGAAUGUCUGUCUUAGGCCAAGGUGUGGUGUUAUCUGUCGGUACUCUACAGUUUAUGACACACAUGAGAAAACCUUCGAUAAAAUCCUCAUUGCUAACAGAGGCGAGAUCGCCUGUAGGGUGAUGAAAACUUGCAAAAAAAUGGGCAUCAAUACAGUUGCUAUUCACAGUGAUGUGGACACUAAUGCGGUGAGAAUAAGAACUUCUCAUGUACUUCAAAUGUAUUCUGGUCACCAGAUGUCUGAGACCAUGUGUUAAGUCUGUGAUUCAAAA